UGUAAUUCGUGAUUGAUAGAAAUUAGCUCCGAACAGUCGACGGUGGGGUAGUGAGGGGUAGUUAGGUAGUUUAUUUUCUUGUGGAAUAAAAGCACAAUUGUAGUUUCAGACCAAAACACAACGAAGGGUCCGAGAACAAAUGCCAUUUUCUCUCGAUGACUAAUUCAGUUCACGUGUGGAAACAAUGGUUCAGUGAUAAGUCCCAAUAAACAAUUGAGUAAUGCCAAGAUGACUGAGGAUAAACAAGCGAAUAAUUGUUACUGUGCAUCACUGUGUCGUCCACAAUUGAAGUUUGUUGCUCUACUUCAAUGAAAUCUGUGUAUUCAGAACUGUACGAUUGACUGAUGGUCAUUCAACGAAUUUUAUGAUUGUAUUAGGUUAACAAAAGUGAGCUUUAUUGACUCCAUCUUAUUUUAUGGAGAUAACAACAGAUGAAAUGAUACGAUCAUUGCGAAAAAAACAGUCUUGAUUGUCAAUUGGUUGUGAUGCACUGGAUAUGUCGCAUUUGAUGCAGAAAGGAUGGGUUGCGUCAACAGUCGGGCAGACAUCAAUGAUCUCCAUCCAAACAUAUUCCAAGUGAUGAAUGUCGAUGACUUAGGGAAUCCCAUAGCACCCGGUAGACUAGAAGUUACGGAAUCUGAUAUUGUACUUUAUCAGCGUGGCAGACAGGCCGUCAAGUGGCCGUUGAGAUGCCUCAGGCGAUAUGGAUAUGAUUCGGAGAUAUUUACUUUUGAAUCGGGGAGAAGAUGCUCCACUGGGCCUGGCAUCUACGCAUUUAAGUGCCGACGAGCUGAUCAACUGUUUAAUCUCGUGCAAACUAAUAUUCAGGAUUGCAACAAUAGCGGAGAGGACGCAAUAUCCCGUGACUUAUCGAUGCCGCUGCACACCGGUCCAACGAUAACCCGAAUGACAAUACCAAGCGAGCCAAAUUACCUCGACCCCACGCCAAUACGUUCAAGCUCCCGAAUAAGCAUGGCAGCACGUUUUCCCCACAGCCAGCAAAAUGGUUUUGGUCGACUAGGAAGUGUUGGUAGCAGCAGUGGUCCAAUAUCCCCACAGGGUACAAUGGGCUCACCCUCCCCACCCCCGUUGUCCCCAAUGACACUGCCACCACCUCCCCCACCCCCAACGACAACAGCAUCCCAAUCCCUGAAGCCCUCCCUGUCCCAUCCCUCAAGCCAAUCAGCCCUUUACGUAAACGAAGAGGUGUUAUCAGCCAUCACCAUGGAACUCGAGCACAAUAACAACAAGAGCCUCAGAAGAACAAUGCAAAGGUCUUACACAAUGAGCAGCACAACCUCCAGCAGUGGAUUGAUAUCAGAAUCAAUCGGCAUAACAACCCAAUCCACCCAGGAGUACCAUCACAACCGACCUCCACCCCUUCCAAACGUAUCAUCCUACAUGAACAUCGACAUUAGCAGUGAUGCAAGUCCACUGUCACCAUCGCACAGUAUUUCGAUAUCAACGCCUCUGAAAGAAGACACUUCUGAAACAGAUACUGGAAACGUCGGUCAUGCCUACAUGAACAUCAGUCCAGGCAUCGAUAAUGUCACUGAGAGUCUCCACAUAAACAGUUUGACCAACAGGUCCAGACCAACUCUGCCAGCACUGUCAACCCCCACUCAUCCAGCUCCUCAAAUCGACAAUUACCCCUGGGAUGAUCGCGAUUCUCGUCACUGCUACGAGAACCUCGAGCCAGGGGAGAUCGAGAGUUUACGAAUGAGGAUAUCAGUGAAUUCUGAUAAGUCCUCGUUACCACCGACAACUCCACCUGGGGAAGUUAUCAAAGAAGUUAACUAUGCCGUCCUGGAUCUUGAUAAGAAUAAUGUCUCGGUCAUGGUGACUGGGGAUAAUGCAGGGGGCAACGUCAUUCUACCUUCACCACCAGAGUCACCGAGCAAAAUGGGAAAGGGGUAUGCCACGAUUGAUUUUAAUAAGACAGCUGCUUUGUCACAUUCUGUUAAUCCUAACGGGGUUAAUGAUAAUGAGGGGUCGAGGAAGACGAGGCAUAAUUCUACGAUCAAUGAUCUUGCUUCUCCGAGGCAGAGCUCUUCGAUCAGUGAGUGAGUUAAACUCUUUCGUUGGUUUUUUUUUUAUAUUUUUUUAGCUGUAGACGAGGUGGAUCUCAAUUCCAUUGAUGGAAUUAUCAAUAAUUCUUGGUUCAUGUUGAGAGGAUUUUCUUCGUGAGGCCACGGAAGCAGAUUGUCUCUGCACUCCACGUAUGAAAAAAUUCAAUUGAAAACCUAGUGAAUUCGUUGGAACAUUCUAUUGGCACUCUAUUGAAAAAUUCUAUUUGUUUUGAUUUCAUUGCAUAUUCGAUGAGAAUAAGACAAUAGAUUUCGAAUUUGUUUGAAUUUUGAU